AUGGCUAAGCAGUUUCUCCUGUCGAAUCUGAUAGCAGCAAUAACUUUCUGCUGUGUUGUGUUAGCUUUUGAGCCAAGUCCAUUGCAAGAUUUCUGUGUCGCGGAUCCUGCUAGUCCAGCUAGGGUAAAUGGCUUAGCUUGCAAAGAUCUCAAAUCAGUUAAAGCAGAUGACUUUUUCUUCGGUGGGCUACAUUUGGCUGGCAAUACAACAAAUGCUGUUGGUUCUAAAGUGACUCCUGUUAAUGUGGCUCAAAUACCAGGACUGAACACUCUUGGUAUUUCAUUGGUUCGCGUCGACUAUGCACCAUGGGGAAUCAACCCUCCUCACACUCACCCUAGAGCUACUGAGAUACUCACUGUCCUUGAAGGUUCUCUUCAAGUUGGUUUUGUAACCUCGAGUCCUGAAAAUCGCCAUAUUACUAAGGUCCUUAAAAAAGGCGACGCGUUUGUUUUUCCUAUUGGACUUGUUCACUACCAACACAACGUGGGAUAUGGAAAUGCUGUAGCUAUUGCUGCUUUGAGUAGUCAGAAUCCUGGUGUUAUAGGCAUGGCUAACGCAGUAUUCGGAUCGGAUCCGGCUAUAGCAACUGAUGUUCUUGCCAAGGCUUUUCAAGUAGAUGAAAGCGUAGCUGCUCUGAUGCAAUCAAAAUUUUAAGCAGCAAGUUUACUUACAGACUUCAUAAGCUUGAGAGUUUUAUUCUUUGUGUGCAAUGUUAAUUGAGUGGAUCCUAUUUGUUUGUUUAUUGUGUGAUUCAUAAAAAUGUAAUCCCAAGAGGUUAAAUUUAGAUUGAUU